GCACUGCACGCAGCCCGCACUCCAUGGCGCCGCUCCACUGAAAUCCAGAACCUCCCCAGCCCGCAAAGUCGCAAACAAACCCCGAAAAUGCCGGCGCCGGCCCUCCCCCUCCUCCCCUUCCUCCUCCUCGCCGCCGCCGUCGCCGCCGCGUCCGCCGCCGUCCCGCCCGCCGCGUCGCACUCCCAGCCCACGCUGCCCACGAAGGGGGCUGGCGCGUCGCACUCCCAGCCGACGAAGCCCGCGGUGCCGCCGCCCGCCGCGCUGGCCUCGGCCCCGCCGGCCGAGGGCGCGCUGCUGGCGGCCUUCCUCGCCAAGGCCGACCCGACGGCGCACCUGCGCUUCCCGCUCGCCUCCACCCCCUGCGCGCACCCGGGCGUGACCUGCGGCGGCGCGGCGGGGAUCACGCACCUCGUGCUCGAGCAGGCCGGCCUCAACGGCACCUUCUCGCCGGACACGCUCUCGGGCCUCGCCGCGCUGCGCGUGCUCAGCCUCAAGUCCAACGCGCUCCACGGCCCCGUCCCCGACCUCUCCGCGCUCGGCAACCUCAAGGCGCUCUUCCUCGCCGGCAACCGCUUCUCCGGCCCGUUCCCGGCCUCGCUCGCCUCGCUGCGUCGCCUCCGCUCCAUCGACCUCUCCGGGAACCGGUUCUCCGGCGCGCUCCCGCCCGGCAUCGAGGCCGCGUUCCCGCAUCUCACGGCCCUGCGCCUCGACUCCAACCACUUCAACGGCUCCGUCCCCGCCUGGAACCAGUCGUCGCUCAAGCUGCUGAAUGUCUCGUACAACGACUUCUCCGGCCCCGUGCCCGUCACCGCCUCCAUGGCGCUCAUGGGCGCCGACGCGUUCGCCGGGAACCCCGGCCUCUGCGGCGAGGUCGUCCGCCGCGAGUGCCGCGGCUCCCCCCUCGUUUUCUUCCCCGGCGACGGCAGCAGCGGCUCCGCCACUCCCCCCGCGCAGAGCGCCGGUGUUGCCGGCGCUGGCCCGCAGCGGCAGGGCUUGCCAGGCUCGUCGGCACCACGGCCGCACAAAGUGAAGAAGAAGACUGCAAUGACUGUCGCGAUUGCUUUGGCAGCCGUCCUGGCCGUGCUUCUCGUUUGCGCCAUAGUUGCCGCAACGAGGGGCAAGAAGCGUAGGCGGCCGAGCACUGCGGCAUACCCAAGCCCCAAGAAGAGCGCGGCCGCCUCGCAGCUCAGCAGGGAGAUGGACAACGCCGACAUUGGCUAUGUCGAGUGCGUGCCGGACGAGGAGGCGGCGGCGAUGAUGAUGCCGGAGGAGAAGGCUCGCCGGCUGGGGCGGAGCGGCUGCCUGACGUUCUGCGCGGGCGAGGCCACGAGCUACAGUCUGGAGCAGCUGAUGCGCGCGUCGGCGGAGGUGCUCGGCCGCGGGAGCGUGGGGACGACGUACAAGGCGGUGCUCGACGGCCGGCUCGUGGUCAUCGUCAAGAGGCUGGACGCGGCCAAGAUCGGCCCGGCGGCUUCGGAGGCAGAGACCUUCGAGCAGAACAUGGAUGUGAUUGGCCGGCUGCGGCAUCCGAACCUCGUGCCGCUGCGGUCCUUCUUCCAGGCCAAGGAGGAGCGGCUGCUGGUGUACGACUACCAGCCCAACGGCAGCCUCCAUUCCCUCAUCCACGGUUCAAGAUCGUCCCGGGGAAAACCGCUGCACUGGACAUCAUGCCUGAAGAUAGCAGAAGAUGUUGCACAGGGCCUUGCCUACAUUCAUCAGGCAUCUCGGCUUGUUCAUGGAAACAUCAAGUCCUCCAAUGUGCUGCUUGGUUCCGACUUUGAGGCUUGCCUUACAGACAACUGCUUGUCAUUCCUUCUGGAAUCAGCAGAAGUCAAAGACGACGCUGCAUACAGAGCACCAGAAAACAUGAAGUCCAACAGAAGGCUCACACCCAAAUCAGACGUCUAUGCUUUCGGCAUCCUUCUCCUUGAGCUCCUUAGUGGCAAGGCACCGCUCGAGCACUCGGUCCUGGCGGCAACCAAUCUCCAGACGUAUGCGCUGUCGGGGAGGGAAGACGAAGGAGUGGACAGAGAGCGCCUCUCGAUGAUCGUCGACAUUGCGUCUGCCUGCGUCCGGUCGUCGCCGGAGAGUCGGCCAACUGCCUGGCAAGUCCUCAAGAUGAUUCAGGAGGUGAAGGAAGCAGAUGCAAUCGGCGACAAUGAGGAUGGCGAUCUUACUAGCGACUCCUAGACCCUAUUCCUAUUCGUCCUAUGGAUGAAAUGGAUCAUGUCCACUGGGUGAUGCAGUAUCCCAAGUGAGCAACCGUAGUUGAAUGCAGUUUGCUAUGCCUAGAAAAGCUAAUGGAAGGGUGUUAGUGGUGUAGGGGAAUGGAUUUGGGGUCAUGAUCUCUCUGACUGGUGUCUCUUGAGCUCCGAAUUCUGUAGCAUAUGUUAGGUUUUCUCCCCUGGUGUAUGGAUGUUGUGGUGAUGUGGUCAUGGUGUUGUCUUUUUAGCAUCAACCUUCCUUGGAGAUUUAUAUUAUAGUGGGUUUAAAGGCCAAAGUCACAUAGUACUGGUUAACCACCAAUCUUCUAUGUGGGGAUUAUUAAUAGUGACGUUACAGACCAAAGUAAUGUACCGUGUUGAGAAUUAGUACUGAUCAACUCUGCUGCUGCUAGUUUGGCUUCA